UGUGUGUGUGUGUGUGUGUGUGUGUGUGUGUGGCGGAUGUGUGAGUGUGUGUGUGGCGGAUGUGUGAGUGUGUGUGUGUGUGUGUGUGUGUGUGUGUGUGUGUGUGUGGCGGAUGUGUGAGUGUUUACAGGUGAUUAAAGCAGAUUAACACAGAGAGCUGACGAUGACUUCACCAACUGAUCCAAGUCUCUGGGCAUCGCAAGUUGAACUUGAUUGACAGUUGUCUCAGCCAAUCACACAGCCGCGAGGAGGAACAGGUCUCCAGCCUGCAGGUUGUUCCAGCGCUCCAAUAAAAGGACAGCAGAUGCUCACAAUUACUGACACACACACACACAGGUCAGAUAUAUAGUCGCUCCGUCAGCCGCUGGAAGGAGAAGAGGAAAUAGAAGAGAAGAGGAAGAGGAAGAGAAGAAGAAGAAGAGGAAGAGAAGAAGAAGAAGAGAAGAAGAGGAAGAGGAAGAGAAGAAGAAGAGAAGAAGGCCGGAUUCACCUGAUCAUUUACCCUCGUCAGUAUAAAACCAGCUGUCAAUCAAACUAUGCCGUGGCUCCGUCAGAGUCGAGGUUCUCCCAGACUCGUCCUGGUGGUCGUGUGUGUCGCUCUGCUCCUCGACAACAUGUUGCUCACUGUGGUCGUUCCAAUCAUCCCCACGUUCCUCUACUCCAUGGAUCAUCCCAGUCCAGAGCCCCACACCGCCCCGCCCUCCCUGCUCCCUCUGCCCAGCCACGCUGCUGCGAUACUGGGGACACGGACCGAGGGUUCUCCCUCCACCUUCUCUCCUCUGGUGUCUCUGUUUGACAACACCACCUUCAGGCUGCAGGAGCCGACCCCUGACCUGACCCCUGAGCCGACCCCUGACCUGACCCCUGAGCCGACCCCUGAGCUGCAGAUCAACGAGACCACGAACACGACAGACUCCUCUUGUCUUCAGGACAGUCACUUCCUGGAGGAGGAGAAUGUUCCUGUAGGUUUGUUGUUUGCGUCUAAAGCCCUGGUCCAGCUGUUGAUCAAUCCCUUUGUCGGUCCGCUCACCAACAGAAUCGGGUAUCACAUCCCCAUGUUUGCUGGAUUCAUCAUCAUGUUUGUGUCGACCAUCAUGUUUGCGUUCUCAGGGACCUACGCUCAGCUGUUCUUCGCUCGCUCUCUGCAGGGAAUUGGCUCAUCCUUCUCUUCUGUCGCAGGUCUGGGUAUGUUGGCCAGUGUGUACACAGAUGACGAAGAGAGAGGCAUCGCCAUGGGCAUCGCACUGGGAGGACUGGCUAUGGGAGUCCUAAUCGGAGCUCCCUUUGGCAGUGUGAUGUAUGAGUUUGUGGGGAAGAGCGCCCCCUUCCUGAUCCUGGCCUUCCUGGCGAUGUUUGAUGGAGCUCUUCAGUUGUGUAUCCUUCAGCCUUCAAAGAUCUGUCCGGGGAGUGUUGAGGGGACGCCGUUACUGACGCUCCUAAAGGAUCCAUACAUCCUCAUCAGUGCAGGUUCUCUGUGUUUCGCCAACAUGGGCGUCGCCAUUCUGGAGCCGACGCUGCCGAUCUGGAUGAUGCAGACCAUGUGCUCCCCGAGGUGGCAGCUUGGUAUGGCCUUCCUCCCUGCCAGCAUCUCCUACCUGAUAGGAACAAACCUGUUCGGUGUCCUGGCCAAUAGGAUGGGACGGUGGCUCUGCUCCAUGUUGGGGAUGUUUAUCGUUGGCAUCAGUCUAUUGUGUGUUCCCUUUGCCACCAGUAUCUAUGGUCUGAUUGGGCCGAACGGAGGUCUGGGCUUCGCUAUAGGGAUGGUGGACUCCUCUAUGAUGGCCAUCAUGGGCUACCUGGUCGACAUCCGCCAUGCCUCCGUCUACGGCAGCGUCUACGCCAUCGCAGACGUGGCGCUGUGCAUGGGCUUCGCUAUCGGACCGUCCACAGGGGGCGCUCUGGUGCAGGCCGUGGGUUUCCCUUGUCUCAUGGUGUUCAUCGGCGUGAUCAACAUCCUGUACGCGCCGCUCUGCUUCCUGUUACGUAACCCUGCGGUCCGAGAGGAGAAAAUGGGAAUCAUCGACCAGGAGUGUGUCAUGCACAGGAAAAGCUACAACACACAGAGGCAGAGUCGUGAGUUUCCUCUGAGCGACUACAGUGGAGAAGAAGAGGAGGAGGAGACGGAGGAGUGACACACACACGCACACGCGCACACACACACACACACACACACACACACACACACACACACACACUGUCCAUGUUGUUGAUGUUGUCUCUGUUUUUCCUUCUUCAUCAGACUCACAACUGAACAAACGAUUAAAAUCUUUGUUACAUUUCUGCUCAAACAUAUUGAGUUCCUGUAAUAAAUACUUCAGCUGAAGACGUC